UCAAUCCGCGUUGGGCUCAAGAGUCAGAGGAGGUGAUACUGGGGUUGGAAAGUAGGAAAAGUGGGACAGCAGAGAGAGGGCGUAUAGUGUUGUGCACGCGCUUUUCAGGUUAAUGUCUUUACAACGCGAAGUUUAUCACUGGCUUCCAUCUCGCGGGAGCGGCACACGCUCGGCGUGUGCCAGUAUUUAAAGGGGGAACACCUCACUCAAUGCCAAAUUUGUGAAGCGGGGUGGAGGAAAUGGCAUUUCAGCUGUUUUUGCAGACCGAGCGCGGCGCUGCUGCUGGUGGUGACGCCUGAAGGGAGCUCGAAUAAAGCGGGAUAUAUCUCUAGCAGAUGAAGAUGGUGAAUUCAAGCGUUUUAUUAUCGUCAUGGCAAACGGAACCGGCAGCAUCAUGUUGAAAUGCGUGGUCGUCGGCGACGGCGCCGUUGGAAAAACUUGUCUGCUGAUGAGCUAUGCCAACGACGCCUUUCCAGAGGAAUAUGUUCCCACUGUCUUUGAUCAUUAUGCAGUGAGUGUGACCGUUGGGGGAAAACAGUACCUGCUGGGGCUGUAUGACACUGCAGGUCAGGAGGACUAUGAUCGCCUGCGACCCCUGUCCUACCCCAUGACAGAUGUCUUCCUCAUUUGCUUCUCCGUGGUGAAUCCGGCCAGCUUCCAGAACGUAAGAGAGGAGUGGGUCCCUGAGCUGCAGGAGUACGCGCCCAACGUCCCUUACCUGCUCAUUGGCACUCAGAUUGAUCUGCGGGAUGAUCCCAAGACUAUUGCCAAGCUGAACGACGUGAAGGAGAAGCCCAUUGUGACAGAACAGGGCCAGAAACUAGCAAAGGAGAUUGGUGCCUGCUGUUAUGUUGAAUGCUCAGCACUGACACAGAAAGGUCUGAAAACUGUGUUUGACGAGGCCAUUAUAGCCAUUCUGGCUCCUAAGAAAGGCGCGCUCAAGCGAAGACUGGGCCCACGCUGCAUCAACUGCUGCCUCAUCACAUGAUACACCAGCUCAGGGGCGUCCAGGUGAAAGAAAGCAAGAACUGAUGGUGACCAAUUGACAACCAACCAGAUUACAAUCUGACUUCUGAGCUAAAGUAAGGAGAACCAAUGGACGCAGUCACCUACAAGUGAAAUAUGAACAAUGGUGCCGUACAGUCCAAGUUAUGGGCGAAUGACAAAAAGAUACAUUCUUCAGGGAGAAAUGACACAAGAACACUAAUCACUGAGAUGGAAUACUAGGAAAACAACAACAUGACUUACUGAACAUACAAGCACAGAGAAUAGACAAUGAAAGAAAUGUAAAGAUGUCUGAGACACCCUUUCUAAUGAACAAUCAAACUGUAUUUCCGCGUCUGGAUCAGCGAGCACGAGUACGAAACUCAGACAAGCCUAAACAGCACAACCAAACCCAUCUGUCAUUUACAGAAGUAAGACUUUAUUCAACUUCAAAAAGGGAAACUCGGCAUCUUAAUUUGGGUUGCAAAACAGUUGCUUUUUACAAAAUGUCUCAAGUCAGUACUGGUUUUAUUUACAGAAGGAAGAGGGGAAUUCUCAAAUAAAUAUACUGCCAUUAUGAGCAUACAACAAAUUAAAUAUCUAUUCUCAAAAAAAAAAAAAAAAAAAAAAAAAAAAAAGUUUUAUUGUUGUAAAUGUGACCUCAGAGUCAUUUCUUUGAUUUGGAGCACGCACUGGGAUGGACAGUCGUUUUUGACUCGAGCCUGGUUCUUUUUCUCUGUCCGUUUUUCUGGUGGCCUGUGUCCUUCGUUUCCUCACUUAAGCUUGUAGGUGAGCUGUUUGCGAUGCCAGUGGAUCCAGACAGGGGCAGCGACAAGGCCAGUCAGAAAUCCAGUAGUUGCCCCGAGGGUACAGGAAAUGGGCCAAACCUGCACAGAGGAGCCACAAAAUGAGAUCAAAACUGUCAUAUUGCGGGAGCACAAGUGACUGACUGCAAAUUCUACAGAAUCACUGUGGUGUUUUACCAACCAAAUUUUGUAUUUUAAACUGCUUUCUUCCUCUUUCUUUUUUUAACAAAGUUUUGAGUGUAAUGUAUUGGUGGCCUUGCCUCUCAGGUCUGUGCCGACUGCUUUGCAUUUUUGCUUCAUAUGAUCAAGGUGAUUUCAAAUGUUAUUUGAUCUUUUUUUUUUUUUUUUUUUUUUUAAUGAAUUUCCUGCAGUCCAUGCAAAUAUGUGGAGUGGUCUGAGUGGUCUUUAAAGCUUCCAGCACAUUGUGAGCAACAAAAAAAGCCUUUAUAAACAGUAGAUAUAUGGAAUGCAAAUCUAAAAAUCAAAAGGCACAAUGGUUUUAUGAGUGAACAUAAUUCAUGAUUAAAAACUUGCUGUUGGUGCCCAAUGUGCAGUGGAUAUACAAAAUGUAAAAUUAAUGACUUGCCUCAAAAUGCUUACUGACUAUAAAAAAAAGUUUUUCUAA